AGUGCAAAGUGUGGCGAAAUCCUCUGAAUCUUUUCAGAGGAGCAGAAUAUAGCAGGAAGCCUUCUGGCAGCCUGUACAGAUUAUGUAGCAGUAGUGCUUGAAAACUUCUGAUACAUGUGGGUGACUGGGAAGGAGCCUCUUACGUAUUAUGACAUGAAUUUGUCUGCUCAAGAUCAUCAAAACUUUUUCACAUGUGAUACAGAUGCCCUUCGGCCUUCAGAUACAGUUAUGCAGAAAGCAUGGAGAGAGAGAAACCCUCAAGCCCGGAUUAAAGCAGCUUAUCAAGCUUUAGAAUUGAACAAUGACUGUGCAACUGCCUAUGUUCUUCUGGCUGAGGAAGAAGCAACAACUAUUGUAGAUGCUGAGAAGUAUUUUAAACAGGCUCUGAAAGCAGGAGAAACAAUUUACAGAAAGUCUCAAAAUUGCCAUUCCCAAAGUCCCCAGCAUGAAGCACAGCUGAGAAGAGACACCAAUGUACUGGUGUAUGUGAAAAGGAGGCUAGCUAUGUGUGCAAGAAAACUUGGGAGAAUAAGAGAGGCUGUAAAAAUGAUGAGAGAUUUAAUGAAAGAGUUUCCACUUCUUAGCAUGCUGAAUAUUCAUGAAAACCUCCUGGAGGCAUUGUUGGAAUUACAAGCUUAUGCAGAUGUCCAGGCAGUUCUAGCAAAGUAUGAUGAUAUUAGCCUUCCAAAAUCAGCAGCAAUAUGUUACACAGCGGCCCUAUUAAAAGCCAGAGCUGUUUCAGAAAGGUUCUCCCCUGAAACUGCCUCCAAAAGAGGGCUUAGUACAGCAGAAAUUAAUGCUGUGGAAGCGAUUCACAGAGCUGUGGAAUUUAACCCUCAUGUUCCAAAGUAUUUGCUAGAAAUGAAAAGUUUAGUCCUACCUCCAGAGCAUAUUCUGAAACGAGGGGACAGCGAGGCAGUAGCAUAUGCUUUUUUUCAUCUCCAGCACUGGAAGAGGAUAGAAGGAGCUCUAAAUCUGCUACAUUGUACAUGGGAGGGCACAUUUAGGAUGAUCCCAUACCCGUUAGAGAAAGGCCAUCUUUUCUAUCCGUAUCCAAGUUGUACAGAAACAGCGGACAGAGAACUGUUGCCAACAUUUCAUGAAGUCUCCGUUUACCCACAGAAGGAACUUCCAUUCUUCAUUCAUUUCACAGCAGGCCUAUGUUCCUUUUCAGCAAUGCUCGCCCUUCUUACUCACCAGUUCCCUGAGCUGAUGGUCAUUUUUGCUAAAGCUGUAUUACGAGUUCUUUGGCCUGUGAGCGCUCCCAGCGUUCUAGCAUCCAGCUGAGAGUGGACUGUACCGUCUGAGCAGAGCAGGUUCUUUGGGACUCUUCUUUCACCCUUCAGCUUCAUAACGGGAAAACACAGAGAUCUUCCUGCUGUCUAGUCCCUGGCAUCAGCUGACUUCAGUUUUGAGUGGAGCCUACUUUUCAUGAUAGUUUUGAUUCCGUUGAUCUCAUGAGCGUCACCUCCAACACCCACUGGGCAUGAUUAGCUGGCAUAUGGAUGGGGGAAGCAAAGAAAGCUGUGUUAUUCGAAAUGGUAUCUUUCAAAGGCUUCUAUGUUGGUAAUGAUGCUUAAUAUUAUGAAUUUCUUUGACCUUACAGCCUGUAAUCAUCUCAGGAAAUAGUUUGUGUUGAGCAAUAUCUUAUUGCUCUCUUAAUCACUUGUACAACUAGAAGCUAAUGCUUCCUUUGUAAGAAGUGAAAGAAUACAAAUUGAGUGGAUGUUUUAAGUAUUGAUACUUCCUUCUCGGCUGUAGAUGCAGAAGAUAAUUGGCUUCAGCUUGAUUUCAUAUGCCUUUUUCAAAAUAUUUGUUAACAGUAAAGUAUGAUUCCACUUUCUUUAUUAAAAGGUUGCUUUUUAAUACAUUGAA